AUGGUUCGCAGCAGGCUAACUACCCAUGGCCAUUGCUUGGAACUGGUGCCGGCAAUUAUGUGUCUCACACUCGUGGAGUUAAUGUUUCCAAGCUCUAGUUUAGCUAUGACAGUCCAUAUCACAGCAGUCGGAGAAGUCUUGCGCUCUUAUGGCCCCAAGCGUUUCCAAACAGGAACAUUACAUGAGCUCUUUAAUGGUUUCAGACCUCUCCUAGUUCUUGAAGCCGUUCGCCGCCGUCGGCCUACGUUUCUGGCCUUGGAGUCUUGGAUUGAAAUACCAUCUUCCCAAAACUCACCAACCCCCAUGCAGGCUCUUCUCACAGAAGUCGUAAGCAUUCCUUCUCUUCUAUAUAAGAGCGAUGUUCUUUUCCAGGACCCUUUGAUAGUCAAUAUAGGCGAUGCUAAUGAGAUUGCCCACGCCAUUAUUGAAAGCUUGCAUCGCCUCUGCCUAUACGAAAAACGCUUAUGGCUUGAGAGUGAUACUCCUUGCUACUGGACUGAUGGGCCUGAAACCCCACUUCGAUUUCCAACCAUUACCAUGGCAAAUUGUCUCUCUCACAUUUGGGCAUUCCGAAUUAUCUGCUUGGCUGAGCUAGAGAAGUUCUCGCGGUCAUUCCCAUACUCAAUAGAAAAAAGCACAGAGACAUCAGAUAUCCAAACGCAAAUUGCUCAGCUUUCAAAGCUGAUAUCACUGAGCAUGGAAUACUUACUUGGAGAUGAUAUGAAACUUUAUGGACCUGCUUCUACUCUUUUUCCGCUGUCAGUGGCAUAUCAGGCCUUGGGAAGUGCUCAAGAUCGUGGACUGGUAAUGGAACACAUUGAUCGAACCAUUUUCAGGCUAGUUGAAAAGGGACUUCGAUCAGCACCGUUCUUUGUGAAAUGUGAUGAGAUUCAGAAUUUUCUAUCUCAGCCAAUAUAG